UUCCCUUCUUUUUCUCUCCCUGAGGUAACCACCAGCAACUGGAACGAUUUCUGAACCUUCUUCAGCAGCGGAACCGUGAGGCCGAUUUUGAUGAAAGGCCAUGAAAGGCCUCUGACCUUUCUGAAAUACAAUAGAGAAGGAGAUCUCCUUUUUUCCUGUGCUAAAGAUCACACACCUACAGUUUGGUUUGCGGACAACGGCGAGAGAUUGGGUACUUACAGAGGCCACAACGGGGCCGUUUGGUGUUGCGAUGUCUCUAGAGACUCCAUGUGCCUUAUAACUGGAAGUGCAGAUCAGACAGCAAAGCUUUGGAAUGUUCAGACAGGAAGUCAGCUGUACACCUUCAACUUUGAUUCCCCAACUAGAUCUGUGGAUUUUUCAAUUGGUGACAAGCUCUCUGUAAUCACCACUGAUCCAUUCAUGGAACUGCCUUCGUCGAUUCAUGUGAAACGCAUUGCCAGUGACCCUAGUGAACAGACUGGCGAGUCUGUGCUCACAAUCAAGGGGCCUCAAGGGAGAAUAAAUAGAGCUGUGUGGGGACCAUUGAACAGAACUAUAAUAAGUGCAGGUGAAGAUGCAGUAAUUCGUAUAUGGGAUUCUGAGACAGGGAAGUUGCUCAAGGAGUCUGACAAAGAAACAGGCCACCAGAAGACGAUUAUGUCACUAGCAAAAUCUGCAGAUAGUUCACAUUUCCUUACUGGAUCUCUGGAUAAAUCUGCCAAGCUCUGGGACACCAGAACUUUGACGCUUAUCAAGACAUAUGUGACAGAGCGCCCAGUUAAUGCCGUUGCCAUGUCUCCACUCCUUGAUCAUGUGGUGCUCGGUGGUGGUCAGGAUGCAUCUCAUGUCACAACAACUGAUCGUCGUGCUGGGAAGUUUGAAGCAAAAUUCUUUUACACGAUUCUUCAAGAAGAAAUUGGGGGCGUCAAAGGACAUUUUGGACCAAUAAAUGCUUUGGCAUUCAACCCUGAUGGGAGAAGUUUCGCAAGCGGAGGAGAAGAUGGUUAUGCGAGGUUACAUCACUUCGACCCAGACUACUUCAAUAUCAAGAUGUAACCAUGAAUGUCUUUCUGAUACUGGGCUUUUAUUUUAUGUUUUAAACUGCUUUG